AUGGAGGUCUCCACAAACGGGUCGAGUUUUGGGAUUGACUCUCUGCUGUCUCACAGACCAGCAAGCCCACACAUUUUGAAAGGAGACAGUUCGAUCGAAAAAUGCCGGUCUCCACUGGAGUUAAGCCCGAGGUCCGACCUGGAAAGCGGCCGCUCGUCUCCUCCCUCCCCGCGACCGGAGUCUGUCGAAGAUGCGAUGCACAGACAUGCUUUUGCACUAGAGUCCUCGCUACAGCAUGGGCAACUGCCCCAGCCACGGACAGUCGCAUCAUCUUUUCUUAUUCGCGAUAUUCUUGCAGACUAUAAUAAACCACUUGCAGCAUGUGCCCCCUACAAGAGUCAUGGACAUCCCAUGUCAGACUCAGAGCAAUUUGAGUCCAAAAUAGCGGACGACUUUAUGGAUAAAAUCCACAGCAACUCGUCCUCGGACAAUGAAUACAAAGGUAAGCUUUAUUACUUGACAGUGCGUAAAACAAGUUGACAGUGAGAAAAUUGCUCAUAUAGACGGCUAUUUUAAGAAUUGUCAAAUUAUGACGGGCUUAUAAAUAGCCGGAUGUCUUUUAAAUAUUAUUUUUUUAAACGUUAAUAAAAAUAAAAAAAACUAGGCUAUCAUAUUAGUUCAUAAAUUAUAUGAAAACAUUAGGCCUAUAGCCCAAUACCCUUGGUUUGUAGGCCUACUUCCUAUACAUUAGUAUUUAUCUUGAGAGAAAAUUUAAUUACAAGCCCAUUUAACUGCCUUUAAAUGCAAACAGAAAUAAUCAAAGUAUAGUCCUAUAUUAUGAUUUGUUCAAUAAGGCCUUUAAGCGUAAACAAUGUAUCCAGCAUGGUUAAUUGACAGUGGCUGCAGCUAACAUAAAUAUAAUAAUAAUAAUAAUAAUGUUAUUUAACUAGGCCUAUUAUAGGCCACUUUAAUAUUAUAGACCGUUCCUUAUUUGUGAUCAGCCUGAAAGUGUGUGUGCCUAAGAUGACUGGUUUUCAUUGCAUGGAUGAGUGGCGUUUCGUAUAUCAGAUUGUCUCUCUCUCUAGUUGGUUUAUCAUCCACCGAUACAUCCAAUUUUUCGGGGAUUGGCUGCAAUUUGUCCAUCUGAUAAUCAGAUUUGUAACCCGAGGAUCUUGUCAGCUCUUUAUUUCGGAUUUAUCCACGGUCCUGUGAAGUCCCGCCAGUCGGUUGACUGGUUUCCAUCCCUUGUGGAUCAAUUAACUGGAUUAUUGUACUCCCUGAGAAUCAGAUCAGCCCAUAUAAAACCCAGCUUUCCCGCUUCACAUAUCCACUGUGCAAUAACCAUGGAAACAACCGAGAUAUUUUAUAAAUGUGGCAGUUAUAGGCCUAUAGCUAGAAAUCCCUGUCCAAUCAUAACCAAGAUUGUAGGCUAACCUGAAAAUGUCCAGAUCACAAUUCUACCCUUUAUGGUUUUGGUUGUAUUUUGGUCAUGUCUCUAGUUGUAAAUCCAUUUUCAUUAAUUUUAGCGAGAGACCAUGACAUGGACAGCAGCAGGGACAGUCCGUCGUCUCGGCUGAAGAAGCCCCGGAAAGCUCGAACCGCUUUCAGUGAUCACCAGCUGGCCCAGCUCGAACGCAGCUUCGAACGCCAGAAAUACCUGAGUGUGCAGGACAGAAUGGAGUUGGCAGCUUCGCUCAACCUCAGCGACACUCAGGUCAAAACUUGGUACCAGAACAGACGGUGAGUUGCUAGACAAAUCGAAACAGUCAUUUGUAAUUAAUGUAAGUAGGCCUAGUUCUUGGUUCCAGCCACUAAAAAAUAUGUUAUUACAAACAUAUAGUUUUGGCUAAGUCCUCCCAUAUCGUUGUGAAGAAAUUACGCACAACACAUUAAUAAUACAUUACUGCAUGAUGUAUCAAUAAUUGAACUGCCGUGCUGUAAUUACACAAUUGCUAUAAUUAUUAAUUAUUUACCGAUAAAAUGGCUGUCAGCUGUGAGGCGUUUUGACAUAUUUCCCCCUAAUGUAGCUACAUUAAUGUUUAUUUAAUAAACACCAUAGACACUGUUGGAUGCGUAAAGUAGGCCUAUGAAAUAUUCUGGGCUACAUCCAAUUAUAUAGCCUCCUGCUUGUUAUAAUUGCAGAUAACGAUGCCCAAUAAAUUGUACCUAUAGCUUGAUUUUGUUCUCUAAACCCUAAUUUUCCUGUUUCGUUUUAGAACGAAAUGGAAGCGCCAGACCGCGGUUGGACUGGAAUUGUUGGCCGAAGCUGGCAACUACUCGGCUCUUCAAAGAAUGUUUCCCUCGCCAUAUUUUUACUCACACAGUCUGGUUUCGAACCUAGAUACCACAGCGGGUUUAUAUAUGUACAGAGGACCCUCGGCACCACCACCUAUCCAGCGUCCGCUGGUUCCACGAAUUCUACUCCAUGGUCUUCAGGGAGGCGGGGAGCCGCUCUCCUCUCUGUCUGGGGUCCUCCCUCGACCUACACAUCGAUGA